AUGGCGUCGCACUGUCGCCCGCCGUUCGCCUGCUCUUCUCGUUCUGUUUUCUCCGCCCUGCCCGGGAGACUGCUGGGUACAUCAUCUGAUCCGAGGUGGGACCAGUCUUGGCGGUCGGCCCGGCUGGGCAAUUUGCAGGCGUCUGCAUUUGGAGGCAACUCCUUCCAGCGUCAGUCUCCCUGCUGUUUGCUUCCGCGCCAGGCGCGCUUUGCUUCGUUUUCGGCUCGGGGCGGCUCCCGCUCGACUUCACGGAUUCAUCCGCGGCUGCAGCGCCUGCCUGAUUUGUCUGUCCGCCCCCUGAAAGUCGUUCUUGUGGGACGACCCAAUGUAGGCAAGUCUUCUCUUUUCAAUCGCUUAAUCAGCGGCACACGAGGCAAUUCUGCAUCCACUCCGUUUGCUCCGCUCAAGCGCCUGCAGCAAGCCAUUGUGUCGCCUCAGGCAGGAACGACGCGAGACAGGAAAGAGGCGAGAGCGGUCUUUGGAGGACUACAGCUGCUGCUUGUGGAUACGGGCGGCCUAGAGGACACCGAGACGACAGAGGCCUGCGAGCUCUUGUCGAAUAUGCGGAAACAGGUGCGCAUCGCGCUGAAAGAUCCGGAUUGCGUCCUGUUCCUUGUCGAUGCAACCGAGGGGAUUACUCCGGUUGAUAUUCUUCUGAGCCGCCUCGUGAAUGACUGGCUGGACGAGAAACACCGGACAGAAAACGCUCGACAAGCGGUCCUUCCGCCUGCAAUUCCGCCAGAGGCGUUUGUUGUCAGGGCCUCAGCCGCUUCAGUUGCGGCUGCACAGGCUGCGGGUGGCGGAAGUCUCAGGCAGCGAGUGCAUGCAGGCCAUGCCGGCCGAGUGUCGCUUGUCGCAGAAACUUCUGCAGCCUCCCGGAAGGGACGAGACGCGGAGGCGGCGGCCGUCGCGUCAGCAGGGACCGGGAGCUCGAGAGGCGCUGCGCUUCAGCCUGGGUGCCAAUCGGCAAGGCAAUAUGAAGCCUCUGAUGAGGGAAGCGGCGCUGAACGCGUCCCAGUUAUUCUGGUGGUUAACAAGGCAGACGGGUGCUUUCUCGGCGACUACUUAGCAGACUGUUACGAUUUACAGCUGGGAGCACCCGUCAUUGUAUCGGCGAAGAAGAACGAGGGUAUGGAAGACCUCUACGACCGCCUGGUGCUGGACGUCGGUCACCUCCAAACCACGACCGAAGGUCUCUUUGGCGGUCAUGACGACGCAGCGGGAGAAGAUAGAGACAAUGCCGCUUUCGAGUCCGAAGAGGACACGAUGGACGAAGAACAUGAGGAGUCAGAGUGGGAAGAGGAAACGGAGGCGGAGCCUUUAAAGGCCCGACAAGAGGCCGAUGCUUCGGGCCAUGCCGAGGAGGCGGUCGAAGGCGUGGAGCUGCUACCGGAGGAUCUUGAUCGGCUUACGGAAAGACUGCACCCUCCUCGUCCAUCGGAGGCUGCGGGCGCAUGGAUCGAGGGCUUAGCGAGGCGUUACGGGGAGUGUGGAAUCGAAGAGACAUACAAGCACUUCACCAACCCAGACAGCCCUCAAUACAUUUCGUGGGAUCUGUCUGACACGUCUCUUGCGUUGGCUGCAGCUGAGGCAGCAGUGGAGAGGAAACGUCGUUCGGCCGCGAAAUCAAACCAGUCUGCGUCAGAAGGACAGCAACAAACAAGCGACGAAACUGUCGAAGGAAGCUCGAUAGCAACAUGUGUCGGCGCGGAGAAGGUAGAGCGAGGUGGCGGACAAGAACUGCCGCAGAAACAUGCUGGAGCUGAGCAUAGGGUCGCCUGUUCUCUGACUGAAGACGAGAUUCAAAUGGCAGAAACCGAGCUCGCUGCGGCGUUGUCUCGCUCUGUUGAGGCUCCCGCUGACUCCCUCCGCAAGCGCCUGCGUAGCAAGGCAGCGAGGGACUACGUGCUCCCGAUUCGGCGUCAGCUUUUGUUCGAGGAUGUCAUCAACGUGGCCAUUAUUGGGCGCCCAAACGUCGGCAAAUCAACACUUGUGAACGCGCUACUCCAAGAAGAGCGCAUGGUGGUCGACAAUCGUCCCGGGACGACCACAGAUGCGGUCGGGACAGCGUGGAAGUUUCAGGGUCACCCCUUCCGGCUUAUCGAUACAGCAGGCGUCACGCGGGGCUGGAAAAUGCGCCAUACAGACCUGCUGUUGGAAGCCGGCCUUCAGACGCUCCGCAAUAUUCGGAAUUCUCAGGUGUGCAUUUUAUGCAUUGACGCCUCGACCGCUGCAGAGACUGGGCAGCCAAUCAGCAGCCACGAGCUCGCGCUCGCCCACCUGGCAAGUGAAAAGGAGGGGCGGUGUCUCGCCGUCUGUGUCACAAAGUGGGAUCUGAUUGCUGAGAACGAACGCGAAAAACUUCGGAGAGAGAUACUUGUGCGUUUGCAAACCGGACUAGGCCACCUCAAGGGUUGUCCCGUUGUCUUCGUUGCCGCGAAGCAUGGACAGAAUUUGGAGACACUCAUGACUAAAAUAAUGGUACUUUACAGAAGAUGGAACGCGCGAAUUCCGACAUCGAAACUAAAUUCGUGGUUGAGGGAAUUCAUCCUUCGGUGGCCGCCGCCGUGGAGGUUGGGUUCCAAAUGCCAGGUGAAGUAUAUGACUCAAGUCAAAUCGCGGCCGCCGACCUUUGUCGCGUGGUCGAACGUGUAUAACACCUUUCCUGUGCAUUACUUGAGACAGCUGACCAAUACAAUGAGAGAGGAGUUCUCUCUCGCGGGUACCCCCCUUCGGCUUAUUCUCCGGACGACAGCAAUGCCGACGCCUGGGAAAAAACUCUCCAGAGCGGAGGUGUUGAAGUGGAAAAGACUCGGGCCGAAACAGCACAACGCAAUGGAGGACCUUGCCCGUGGCUAUCGGCCUAAAAAGGCGUCGGCUGCGACGAAGUGA